AGGGGGGAAAUAUUAUACAAAGAGGAGUGAAAGCAAUCAAAACUCAAAAGCAAAUUUUCACAAAAUGUUGCGCAAAUUGUUUUUGCUAUUGGCACUCCUCUUGGGCCUCGUAGGCGCCGCGCGGCCUCAUAUCCGCCACAGCCAGAAAAUAUCGAAACUCACCGGCGACGCGCUGGUGGAGGCCGCAUGCCACGGCGUCGGCGGCAACGAAGCAGACUGCAUAUCAACCCUGCAAGCUGCCACACCAAAUCAAAAGGCCGAAGCUAAUGCCCUCGCCUUUUUCACCCUCAAGUUCGUAGAAAAUCAUGCAGAAAACAUAACAGAGAGCAUACAGAAGGUAAACGCAGAUUCAGAUGUUGAUCCACAGCUCCAAUCUGCUCUAACCGAUUGUUUGGAUCAAUACGAAUCCCUCGACGAUUUGAUCGAGGAUGCGAACGAUGGAGUGGGCGCACGCAACUACCCGGAUGCUCAAAAAUUCAUCAUGGCUGCUCUCUCCAGUGUUGAUCUCUGCACUUCUCAGCUCAAAAACAGCAAUUUCGAGGAGAAAACAGAUUGCGAAGACGAAGAAAGUGUUGAGAUGGCAAGAGAUCUUACCAAAUACGUUGUUCUGCACAAGCAAUUGUUGUCUGCCGCUCUCAACAUUCUUACAAUUGAUUGAAUUAAUGCAAAAGGUGCUGUGAGUGAUUAAUUGUUAUAUUGUGUUUAUUUUGUUAUGUUUAUGUUAUAUCUUAUGCAAUAUGUAUUUAUACGCAAAUGUAAUAUUUAAACCGAGAGCAUGAUGAUGUGGUCUUGGAAUAAAAAUUCAAUGGUCCGGAGUUCGGACAUAUUGCCA